UCAUUUUACUUGUUACUUCUGUACAUGAGGAGAUUUGCGCUUUCGAAAGACAACUAUUUUUAAAGCAAAAAAUGAGGGAAAUGAAUGAGAUCAUCACUGGCGUUGGUUAUCAGAAGUAAUGCUAUUUGAUCUUUCAUAGUUCAGGAAUAUAUAUUUAAUAUCGUCCGUGAGAUGGAUAUAGUUCAGUAUAACCAAUUUAAUAAUUACUGAAAAUUUACUAAGAAAACUCAUUAUUUGUAGAAGAAACGAAAGGGAAAAAGUCGUAUUUUUGGAUAUUAUGGAAGGACUCACCAGAGACUGUUCUGACUCGUUCGAAUCCGAUUUAUCUUCAGACGGUGAUCCAAAAUCUCCUCAUGACUACCUGAGCUUUUUUUCAAAAAUUACGGAUGACUUGAGAAUUCACUUCGCAAGAAAUUCCAGCAAAGAAGAUUACUGUGAAGACAUAUACGAGGACAUUUAUUCUUCUCCUGUUUCUGGCAGUUAUUCAUAUUACAAAGAUCUCGUGGCUGUGGCCCAGGAGGCAGACGCUAGGAAGGACUGCCAGCAGAAAAGGUCCAGAUUCGAAUUUCAUGAACAACCUGCUUCGACAUUUUCUGAGUUCCUCUGUCCUUCUGCUUGUACCGGACAUUUUAAUCCAGCUGUAGGCACUGGACCUUUCGAAGAAUUAUUCCAAGUUUUGAAACCUACCCCGCAGUUAUGUUGUUCGCAAACUCCAGGAACUUUUCCAUGUGCAAACACAACGACUCAUUGGAGCCAGAACGUAGAAUCAAUGGGCACGGCGUCAAAUGAAAUUUACGGCAAUUCUUUAAAUGAUGAGUACUCGGAUUUUAUUGAUAUUCUUCACAGAUGGACUUCAGACGACUUCUCAACUGAGUUUCCACCAUGUGACCCAAAUGAUUUCUGAUGACAAUUACGGAGUUAAGGAUGGCUUAGAGCGGUGCAGAUGUCUCAGGGUCGUCACUGGGGCAUAAUGAGGAUAAAAUUUUAAUGUAAUCUCUACAUUAAUUUUAUUUUUUCUUCGGAAUAAAGAAAAAAUACGAUACUUCUGGGGCCAUGUCCUCUGUCCAUGUCACUGAUUUUACUAAUUAAAUAUUUAAUUAUUAUAUA